AAACGUUAAUAAAAAAGGGCAAUGAUUGUGUUUUUAUAAAAGUUGCGCUACCCAAAUAAAAACUACACUUACCAGACUGCUUGGGGAAAAAAAGACUACAAACCCGCAGUGGGUUAUGGGUGAAAAAAACGUGCCGUGGACAUGGUCUGUUUUUCUUCCUCGAGAUGUGGUUGUCUGUGCGACUGUCAUUGCACAUUUGUACAGUAUGCAUGUGCAUCUGAAUAAAUGAAGAAGGUUUUAUAAAGUCGUUUCGUUGCUGGAACCAUGAGUCUCGAAGACGUUUCGAGGAAGACGGAUAUGAAGACGGACUCGUCUUCAGCAGACCAACGCGCUGUACUCCAGGAUUUCACGGUGUCUUUUUUUGCCAUGUGCAGACUGGGGUCGUUUCCCUGGAGAGCGCUUGAGAAGGAGCUGCAGGGUCCGGACUCUCCUGGCAUCGUGCUCCGCAUCCUGGAGAGGACAGUCCACCAUCCACUUUGUCUAAAGAACCCCCCGUCCGUUAAAUACAGAAGGCUUUUCCUCUCCGAAUUAAUUAAAAAGCACGAAGCCGCGGCGGGGGCGGAGCCCCUGGACGAGCUGUACGACGCCUUCGCGGAGGUCGUGGGAGCGGGGGAAGACCAGGUCUGCCACAAGAGCUACUUUCUGCCCUCAGGGGACACGGUCAGCCUGUUGGAGAGCACGGCGCUCGUCUCAGACGGCACCACGGGCCUGGUGACCUGGCAGGCGGCGCAGCACCUCGCCGAGUGGGCCAUGGAGCGGCCUGAGCUCUUCCGCGGCAGGGCGGUGCUGGAGCUGGGCAGCGGCGCGGGCCUGACCGGGGCGGUCGUGUGCAAGUCCUGCCGCCCCCGCAGGUACACGUUCAGCGACGGCCACCCCAGCGUGCUGCAGCUCCUGCGGGGCAACGUGGCGCUGAACGGGCUGGCCCCCCCGGGCACCCCUACCCCCGGGCCGGGCACCCCGGCCGUCUCCGUGGCGGAGCUGGACUGGGACGCCGCAGCCCCGGAGCAGCUGGAGGGCUUUCAGGCCGACACGGUCAUCGCGUCAGAUGUGGUGUACGACCCCGGUGUCAUCUGUGCGCUAGUGGGGCUGCUCCUCAAGCUUUUAAAGCUUCCUGUGCAGAGCAGGAGCCCUGACGUCUACAUAGCCUCCACCAUCCGAAACCCCGAGACGUACCGCCUCUUCAAGAGCGAGCUUGAUAAAGCUGGAAUCAAACAUCGAUCGGUUCCUGGUCCUACAGCACAGGUCUUCCCCUACGACAGAAAAUCUACCAUCGAAAUUGUACAACUCCAUUUAUGAAAUAAAGUGCUUUAUUAAAAAAAGUAAACCGUUCUUUUUUUUGUACAUAGAGGGUUUUUUUUCUGAACAGGUUUACAGUCCUUUCGAUCUGGGUUCGAGUUGAAGACUCCUAUUACUAGGAAAUCUAAUUCACGGUGAAUGAGCACCACGCUGGCAGACAACUUCGAAGAGAAGCAAAAUCCAAGGGCACCUGAGAAAGUGAAGCGAAUUCAUCCUCGUAAUAAAACCAAGCUGGUCUCUCCCCGAGCCUCUCCUGCCGCGCUUUGUCCCCGCUGAAGUUCGGAUCCGGGCGAGUGUGGUACCGGG